AUGCCGCGAGUUGGUUUAUUAGAACGGUUGAAAUCUGGUAGACCAGUUAUUGGAGAUGGUAGCUUUGUUUUCACAUUGGAGAAACGUGGCUACGUGAAGGCUGGGCCUUGGACGAGUGAGGCUGCUUACCAGUAUCCUGACGCAGUUCGACAACUUAGUCGUGAGUUUGUGCGUGCAGGUGCUGAUGUAGUGCAAACAUUCACAUUCUAUGCCACAGAUGACAAACUGCAAGACAAAGGAUUGUCUGGUAAAAAUGUAUCCAAAGAUAUUGGCAAUCUUACGAGUAAACAGAUAAACAGUGCUGCAUGUGACAUUGCUAGAGAAGUUGCAGACGAGGGCGAUGCGUUGGUAUGUGGUGGCAUAUCACCAACACCUGGUUACAUAAAAGGUAUCGGAAAGGAAGCUGUACAGAAAGAGUUUGAUAAGCAAUGUGAGGUUUUCAUUGAAAAGGAUGUCGAUUUUCUAUUAGCUGAGUUUUUCGGUCAUGUAGAGGAGCUAGAGUGGGGUAUGGAAGUCCUGAAAAAAUAUGAAAAACCUGUAGCUGCAACUAUGAGAAUCUCAACAAUAGGAGACAUGAAUGGAGUUAGCACAGCAGAAUGUGCCAUCAGAAUGGCUAAAUCAGGUGCUGAUGUGGUAGGCAUAAACUGCCUAUUUGAUCCAGAAAACUGUAUAAAAACUAUGAAAGUAAUGAAAUCUGCAUUAAAUGAAGCUGGAUUGAACCCUUUUCUGAUGGCACAACCAGUUGGGUUUCACACACACGAGGCCAAUGAACAUAUUGACGGGUAUAUGGCGUUACCAGAAUUUCCAUUUGCUUUAGAAUCUCGUAUAAUAACACGGGCUGAAGCACACAAGUUUGCACGUGAAGCCUAUGAAUUAGGGAUACGUUACAUUGGAGGAUGCUGUGGAUUCGAACCAUAUCAUAUCAGGGCGAUUGCAGAGGAGCUUGCAGAAGAAAGAGGAUUCCGUCCACCAGGUCAUGAUAAAAACUCACUAUGGGGGAAAGAUAUAGCACAAACUAACUAUAAGAUCAUGGUGCAUAGGGUAACAAAAGAGUAUUGGAUGAAUUUAAACCCUGGCACGGGGAGGCCAGAAGCACAUAUUUUAUCUAAAUUAGAUAAAAUUGACGAAACGGAGUAA